AUGAAGUUCUUGUCACAGUUGGAGCAGCGAAGGGGGCUCAGUGGAGUGGAUGCGCUGGUGCUUGAUCAGGGCCCCCUUCUCUCUGAAGCUCUUGCUGCAGUUGGAGCAGGUGAAGGGUCGCUCGCCCGUGUGGAUGCGCUGGUGGAUGACAAGGUCACCCUUGCGUCUGAAGCUCUUGCCGCAGUCGGAGCAGGUGAAGGGUCGCUCGCCUGUGUGGAUGCGCUGGUGGAUGACAAGGUCACCCUUGCGGCUGAAGCUCUUGCCGCAGUCGGAGCAGGUGAAGGGUUGCUCGCCUGUGUGUAUGCGCUGGUGGAUGACAAGGUCAUCCUUGCGGCUGAAGCUCUUGCCGCAGUCGGAGCAGGUGAAGGGUCGCUCGCCCGUGUGGAUGCGCUGGUGUGUGACCAACUGUUGCUUUUGGCUGAAGCUGUGGUUGCAGUGGUUGCAGGCAAAGGGACGCUCGCCAGUGUGGAUGCGCUGGUGAUUGACCAAGUGUUGCUUUUGGCUGAAGCAGUGGUUGCAGUGGCUGCAGGCAAAGGGACGCUCACCAGUGUGGAUGCGCUGGUGGAUGACAAGGUCACCCUUGCGGCUGAAGCUCUUGCCGCAGUCAGCACAGAUGAAGGGGCGUUCCUUGGUGUGGAUGCGCCGGUGAGUGAGCAGGUGUUGCUUUCGGCUGAAUUGGUAACCACAGUCAACACAGGCAAAGGGGCGCUCGCCGGUGUGGAUGCGCUGGUGCUUGACCAAGUGUUGUUUCUGGAUGAAGUUCUUGCCGCAUUCAGGGCAGCGAGGCGAGCAUUCCGUAGGUGUCCAGCAUCACCUCCCGGUAGAGCCGCCGCUGCCAGCCCGCCAGCUCUGCCCACUCCUGGCGGGAGAAGUAGACGGCCACCUCCUCGAACGGCCCCGCCAUCUGCAGCCCGAAGCACGGCCGGAGCCCCCGCCUCGCCCCCCGACACCCCCUCUGCCCGCAGCUCCGCCGCCGACAAGGACGGAGACGACGAAAGGGUUCUGGGGCGGAAUUGGUGUCUCUCGAGCAGCCCAGGCUCCAGGCGGGCACAGCCCAGAGCGGCUCUCGCUGCAGCAGCGCCUGGGGGGAAAUUGCGAGGCCCCGAGCGGCCCCGCUCCGGUCGAGCCUCAGAGCGCAAUCAGCAUCUGCUUUGGAAGGGAAGUGGUUUUUUCCGGCCUGGCCGCCCCCCACCCCCACGCAACCCCCCCGGCUCCGAGCCCAGUGCUGGCGCCAGCGAGUCGGAAGGAGCGCGGGGUCCCAGAGCAUCCCAGUGCCGGAGGGCUCUGCAUCCCAGUGCCCCGGGCCCGGGGAAGAGCAGCCCCGCAGGCAGGCUGGCCCUGCAGCCCCCGGCCCCUCUGCGGGCAGCCCGGCUGCGAGAAGGGCACUGCCAGGCCUGGCGGGGGAGCGGCGACCCCGGGGCUGCCGGGUCCGGCCUGGCGGCGUCAGGGUUGGGGCAGAGGGGGCCGGGCAAGGCGCGGCGGGGCGAGCUGAGCCGGGCGUGCUUCGGGCUGCGGAUGGCGGGGCCGUUCGAGGAGGUGGCCGUCUACUUCUCCCGCCAGGAGUGGGCAGAGCUGGCGGGCUGGCAGCGGCGGCUCUACCGGGAGGUGAUGCUGGACACCUACGGAAUGCUCGCCUCGCUGGGUUGGGACACCGUUAAGCCCGAGCUCAUCUGCAGGUUGGAGCGAGGAGAGACGCCGUGCGUGCCAGACCCCCCCGGGGCGCGGCAGAGGCACCGCAGCCCUGUGCCGGGCGGGUCCCGGGGGUCCCCUGGGGGCAUGGGGGGUUCCUCCAGCAGGGGUUUGGGGGAAUCAUCCCGAGGCAAACCAAGCGGGUGCUGCGGAGACCCAGAAGGGCACCCUCACCCUCCUCUUGGCCUGGCCCCCCAGCCGCUGGAGAAGACCCCCCUCACGUGCCCUGAGUGCAAUAAGAGCUUCAGGAGUCGGAGUGCACUGACUGCCCACAAGAAGAUCCACACCGGUGAGCACCCCUUCACCUGCACCGACUGCAGUAAGAGCUUCAGCCGAAAGAUCGACCUCAUCAGACACCAGGGCAUCCACACGGGUGAGCGCACAUUUCACUGUGCUGACUGUGGAAAGAGCUUCACCUUAAAGCAUCACCUCAUCACCCAACAACGCAUCCACACUGGUGAACGUCCCUUCACCUGCACUGAGUGCAGCAAGAGCUUCAGGCAGAAGAGCACUCUGAGCAGACACCAGCGCACCCACACAAGCAAGUGGCCCUUCACCUGUGCCAAGUGCAGUGAGAGCUUCAGAUGGAAGGACUCUCUGACUGACCACCAGCGCAUCCACACCUGCCAGCGCCCCUUUGCCUGUGGCCACUGUGACCUCCGCUUCACAUGGCCGAAAUCCCUGGUCAUCCCUCAGCGCAUCCACACUAGCAAGAAGCCCUAGAAGUGUGGCAGGCGUGACAAGACCCACAGGCAGAAGCAGAACCUGAAGAGACAACACUGGGUGCAGUGGGGCAUUAGGCGGUCCUGUAGGGCAGUGACAGGAUGGGGUGUGCUCAGGUGAGGGGGUGGAUGGAGGCCAAGUCCUUGGAGGGGACCAUGCUGGCUCACCAGCAGCCCCAGCCUGCGGCCGCCUCCACAAUCCAGUGCCCCCAAAACCACCGCUGAGGGUCCCGCGGGGCACUGGGCACUGCUGCAGGGGUGCUGGGCCCUGUGGGUGGCAAACACUAAACUCCUGGUGAGUUUGCGAAGCAGAGCUUGUUUCUGCAAAAGGGAGCGGUUGGCAAGAGGGAGCAAGUGGCACCGGACAAUGCGUCCGGUCAAACAGAUCAAAGGACCUUGCAAAGGGUCACUGGUGCGUUUUUCUGUGGUUGCUUUGUUUGGGGCAUUGGUAUUAAAGAAAAUCGUCUUUGACUACCGGUGGAGUUGUGGGACUGCACCAGCUAGAUCAAUUGCUCCAGGAUUGGUGACCGCGCAUCGGGAUGCUUAACCAAACAGGAGCGGCCGUGCCAAGGGCCACUCAACACUCACUGAGGGACUCAGUCCCACCUCGCCAAGAAGCACCCAGGAGUUUGCAAGAGGCGAAAUUGGCCCCCGGACCCCCUUUUGUUGGGGAGGAGGAAUUAAAGAACCCCCUGACCCGACGGAGGGGGCGAUGGGCUGCGCUUCUCUUCCCCCGGAGGAAGGGAGGCAUUUUUGCUCAGUCGCCUCUGCCUUUGUUGGACCUUCUGGGGGAAAAAUAACCCCAACUGCAGCUUCAGCUGCUGCAGCUUUGAUACAUUUUUGCUACAGCUUUGAUACAUUUGUGUUACAACUUUGUUACAAGUCUUUAUUACAAUUGGUUACUUUUUUGUUACAAGUUUGUUCCAUCUUUGUUAAACCUCUCUCAGCCCUUCCCCUGUGAAUUUAUCAACAGCGAUCCCAGCCUUGGUCGCUCUGAGGGGACUCUCCCGGGUCAAACCAACUCGGACUGGCUGCCAACUCAGCCGCAGAAUCCCUAAGGCAUGAACCGGUGACCAAGUCCGGGACACGGGACGGAUCCAGCGGCUCUCAGGCUCCCCUGGAGAAGCUCAGAAAGCCAGGGGUGUCCGUGCUGAUCCUCGUCACUCAAAGGCAGGGCAUCCCUCGGCUGCUGUCACAGCUUUAUCUCUUUAGGCAAUAGGGUCCCCAUCUCAGGAGGAUCCACACCGUGCCGGUGACGAUGCUUCUCUGGCAGCAGCCCGAGCCGUAGGCAGUGUUGGACGGAGCCAUGGUCGCCACUCGCUCCCAGCUCAUGUGCAGCUGCUCUGGAGGAGCCAGAGGUCGGGGCUCCGAGUGUCCCCCUGCAGCCACCCCUGCAGCAGAGUCCCCGGUGCCCUGCAGGACCCUCAGUGGCAGGUUUGGGGGUGACAGGUUGUGGAGGCGGCUGCAGGCUAGGGGUGCUGGGGGUUCACUGGUGGGCCAGCAUGCUCUCCUCAUCCCAAAAUCAUUUCUUGCAGCUGCCUCACUGGAAGGUCUCUGUCCUCCCCCCCAACAGGGACAGACACCCCUCCUCCUGCUGGCCACCCUCUGGCACUGUCUUGGGGCCCUCAUGCACCCGCUGGUGUCUCUUUAGGUCACACUUCUGGCUGUAGGUCUUGUCACACUCGUCACACCUGUAGGGUUUCUCGCUGGUGUGGCUAUCCUGGUGCUGGAUCAGGUGUUCCUUCUGGCUCAAGCUCUUGCCACAGUUGGAACAGGCAAAGAGGCGCUCACCCAUGUGGAUGCACUGGUGGGUUCGGAUCCUGUGGAUGCAGGAACUGAGGGAGCCUGUGAAACAGCCCUGAGCUGAAGACAUGAAAGAGAAAGAGGAUGAACUAACCGGGAGCUUGCAAGCAACAACAACCCUGCUGAGAUAACAGACUGGAAGAGACUGAACUGGGAAGGGUUGACCCUCAUUUAAAUAUAAUGAGCAUAGUAAAAUGCCUGCCCUGUGGAAAAAGAGACCCUGAUCUUAGUAAAGCCCCUGCCUUUGCAGGCACAUGUAGAAAACUUGUAGGCCUGUGUCCCUUUCAAUAUAGAUGCCCAAAGAAACCCUUCUGAGCGAACCACAUGGCCUCCUGGAUAUUGUUUCUGUUCCCUUCACCUCCCCAUCUACCUGCCCCUCCUGUCCUGCACCCAGGGCCUGGUGCUGCUGGAAGCCUUGUCCAAGUACAAGUAGGGGGGCUGGAGGCCGUGGGAGAGACCGGUGUCCUGCCCGUGGCACAUCCCCACGGCGAGAGCAGCGAGAGGAGGACUGAUGCCAUCACUGGAGACUUAGACCUGCCAUGGGGCUGAGGGUUUCCCUGGCUGUAGCACGGCGUGGUGGAGCCCCGGGUUCCUGGGAGCUGCCUCUCCUGCCUGGAGAGGAGCUGGCUGCUGCAGUUGCUGCCUGGCUGGGGAGCUGGGGCCCCUGCAGGAUACGGGAAUGCUGAGAUCCAUGUCUGGGUGGGAGACUGGGAUGCUGGGCUGCUGGCCUCCUCUCUGGCAGGAGUGCUGGGUCCCUGCCAGGCUCAGGUGCUGGGCACCCUGGCCUUGUCCCAGCUGGGUGCCUUGCAGGACCUGUUGGUGCCUCCAGCAGAAAAACUCCAUAACUUCCAAAGCAGAUGGUGAAUUGUGGUCUACCAACAGUGCCCUCUGUGGGGAUAGGGGAGUGUCCCAGCCAGAAGCUGCCGCAGUAGAAUCUGAUCAUACCCUCCCCCCACCUCGUAUCUUUGCACUGAAACCCCCAUCCAGCUGAAGGAAACUCGAGGCACCAGUGACUUUGUGCUCCUGUGCUGACACAAGUAUUGUUAAAAGCUGAUGGGAAGGGCAGGCAGUUCAAGCAAGCUCCGCUGGGCCCGGCAUGGGCUGCACCUUGCAUCCAGACAAUCCCAUACCCAGAGCCCUCGAGCUCCGCCACAGCGCUGCUUCAUCCAUCUGCCCACCAGAGCUCCCGGGCACAUCCCAGCCUCUCGCCCUGUCCCAGCUAGAACAGGCCAGGAAGGGGAUUUAGAGGGAUGAGCGAGGGGAUGUGGGGCCCGAGCUGCUGCCGCUGGAGAGCAGUGGCGCACACUGUGCUGCCGUGGAGCUCACU